AAAGCAGCUCAAGUGAACCCAACAAAAUGGUCUACACAGAACGCACCGACAAGUGUCUGACGUCCAGCAAGGAGAGCGCCGGACAGCAGGGCAAAUCCCAGUCGAAGCAUCAGUCCAGUUUCAGUUCCAGUUCCAGUUCCGGCUCCAGUUCCAGUUCGGGCGCCUGGAGCAGUCAGGCGUCGAGGGACGAGAAAUGGAAAUACAAUAAUAUGGUCAAGGAUAAUCGCGACCAGUUCAACGGCAUGCACUUCUCUUAACUCCCAGCCAGAAGUGGGUGGGGCUGUGGAGAGGAGGGGGUGUCUUUGGGCUAGUUAAUUAGCCGGAAUGCAACGUGAUCGAGACCAAUUGUUAUGUCUGGGUUCUAUGGGUAAAUUUGUAAGUUAGUCUUAAGCCUGUUAUUAGAAAGUGUUGAAUUCUACAAAAUCUGAAAAAAA